AUGCCAACAGCAUACAGUCCCGUGUCUGUAGAGACACAAAAACCGCGGGUGUCCUCUCACCUGCUCGUAAAAGCACCCGACACAGCACUAGACCUCUCACGGCAAAAGCGAUACCGUCUAAAGUCCGUCCUUAUGCGCUCCGGGACAUCUAGAGGAUUGUUCCUACAUCGUCAUGAUCUUCCACGAUCACCCUCCGACUGGGACUCUGUUCUGAUCGGUGCAAUGGGAUCUCAAAACAAUGAUCCUCGACAACUCGAAGGUGUCGGUGGCGCUACGUCAACCACAUCUAAAGUGGUCGUGGUUGCGAAAUCAGAUCGGCCAGGCAUCGAUGUUGAGUAUACCUUUGCGCAGGUUACGGUGGGACAGGAAAAGGUUGAUAUGACGGGGAACUGUGGGAAUAUGGCAUCUGGGGUGGCGGCGUUCGCGCUUGAGGAGGGGUUGAUUGUUGCUGCUCCCGGUCAAAUGGAAAUAUCAGUCAGAAUAUUCAAUACAAACACACGAUCCAUGCUGGUCGAGACAAUUCAACUUGACGGAAACGGCCAUUUUCUCGAAGAGGGCGACUAUCGCAUCGGUGGUGUCAAGGGCACAGGCAGCAAAAUCAAGGUGUCCUUCAUCAAACCAGGUGGAUCGAUGACUGGCAAAACAUUCCCAACGGGCAAUAGACAAGAUGAGCUUGUUGUGCGUUCUAGCGGUAGUGGUAGCCCUUUACAAGAGCCAUUCACCGUUAGGGCAACGCUAAUUGAUGUAUCAAAUCCAUUCAUCUUUGUCGAUUCAUCCUCACUGCCGCCAGAAUUUUACGUCGCAGGGCCAGAUUCUGAGGCUUCCUUAGGAAUCAUAGAAGCAAUUCGCUGCGAGGGGUCAGUUAGAUUUGGUUUUGCGAGCGAUAUAGAGGCCGCUAGUUUGAGAAAAGGAACACCGAAAAUAGCAAUAGUUUCGAGCCCUGUCGUAUCAAAUUCGAGUAUCGUCGGCAGGGAUACUCCAGAUAUUUCUGUCCUCGCAUACAGCAUGGGCAAAGUUCAUCCCAGCGUACAGCUGACGGGUGCCGUAUGCUUAGGGGCAGCGGCUACUAUUCCAGGCACUGUUGUGGAAAGACUGAAGAUGAGAAAAUCACGCGUUGGUUCUUUGGAUCAAAUGGAAACACCACAGGUGCAACCUUUCGAUGGCAAAAACAGCGAUUGUAUUGUGAUCGGGCACAAUAGCGGUACUAUAGAUGUUGAUGUUAAGGUGACAGAAGAUAGCGAUGUCGAAAGUGUCACUGUUUUUCGCACAGCUCGAAAGGUAUUUGAGGGGACGAUCUUUGUUUCCGCUUGA